AUGUCUGAAGCCACGCUGAAGCCUGAGAAGGACUUCACGAAGGAGGUCGACCAGCAGCUCCCGGAAGCUGAAACCUUGGCAAAGACCAACCUUCAAGGAGCAAUCGAGAAGCUCGUCGCCCUUGAGAAGCAGACUCGACAGGCCUCGGAUUUAGCAUCAACAUCACGGUUAUUGGUUGCUAUCGUGACGCUCUGCAAAAAUGCCGGCGACUGGAGCUUGAUGAACGAGCAGACUCUCGUACUUUCCAAGAAGCAUAGCCAACUCAAGCAGGCCAUCACAAAGAUGGUACAGACAGUGGUUGGCUUCCUCGACGAAAGCCCCGAUCUGAAAACGAAGCUCUCAGUUAUCGAGACGCUACGAACCGUCACAGAGGGAAAGAUCUUUGUUGAGGUCGAACGAGCCCGCGUGACCAAGAUCCUCUCUGACAUCAAGAAGGAGCAGGGAGACUUGAAGGCCGCUACGGAGAUCUUGUGCGAGUUGCAGGUCGAGACAUUUGGUUCUAUGGACCGAAGGGAAAAGACUGAGUUUAUUCUUGCGCAAGUUGCAUUGUGCAUUGAGAGCGGGGAUUGGACACAAGCCGGCAUUCUUGGCCGCAAGAUCAGCACAAGAUACUUGGCCCGCAAGCCCAAGAAGACUGCCGAGCAGCUGGAAAAGGAACAGAAAGAACGAGAGAAGAAGAAGGCACGGGGUGAGGAAGUUCCAGAGGAGGUAGAAGACGAUACCACAGACCUGAAGCUGCGCUACUACGAACAACAAAUCAGCCUCGCGAAACACGAUGAUAAAUAUCUAGAUGUGUGCAAGAACUACCGACAAGUACUCGAUACUGAAGCAGUAGAGGAAGAUCCUGCCAAGCUUCACCCGGUUCUUCAACGCAUCAUCUAUUUCGUCAUUCUUUCGCCCUAUGAUAAUGAGCAGAAUGAUCUGCUUCAUCGAAUUUUCAAAGACACACGAAACUCCCAAGUCUCUCUGGAUGCCGAACUUCUGCGGCUGUUCACCGUCCACGAGUUGAUGCGGUGGCCAGAAAUUGCCAAGAAAUUUGGCCCUCACCUGUGCAGCACAGAUGUGUUCGAUGCACAGUCUGGCCAGUCUUCAGAUGAAAAAGCUCAUCAACGAUGGGAGGACUUGCGAAAGCGUGUCAUUGAACACAACGUCCGUGUCGUGGCCAAGUACUAUACUAGAAUUCGCAUGGGUCGUUUGACCGAGUUACUCGACUUGGCUGAGAACGAAACUGAAAAAUAUAUCAGCGAGCUGGUGACCUCAAAGACGGUUUAUGCUAAGAUUGAUCGACCUGCCCGAAUUGUCAGCUUUGCUAAGCCUAGAGGUGCGGAUGACGUUCUGAACGAAUGGAGCCAUAACAUGAAGAGUCUUCUGGGGCUAUUGGAGAGAAUUGACCACUUGAUCACGAAGGAAGAGAUGAUGGCACGAAUUCAACCCACGAAUACAAAAUAG